UGGAAACAAUGGGCAGCAGCAAAAAGGAACCUUUUUUCACAAAGCACCGAGCACCGAGCACCGAUACCUUCUCCUCCCUACUCCAUCCUGAAUCGAUCUUAGAUUUUCUCUAGAAAAGUCUCCAAUGGCUUGGGUAUCAAAAGUUGCUUCUCAUCUCAAACUCUCCAUUGCUCACAGAGGGUUUGCUUCUGUUGUCAAGGAUCUGAAAUAUUGUGAGUCUCAUGAAUGGGUUAAAGUUGAUGGUGGUUCUGCAACAGUAGGAAUCACAGAUCAUGCUCAGGAUCAUUUAGGAGAUGUUGUGUAUGUUGAAUUGCCAGAAGUUGGAGCUACUGUGACACAGGGGAAAAGUUUUGGUGCUGUUGAGAGUGUUAAGGCAACCAGUGAUAUCAACUCUCCUGUUUCGGGGAAGGUUGUCGUUGUUAAUGAAGAACUCAGCAAUUCUCCCGGUUUGGUUAACGCCAGUCCUUACGGAGAUGGAUGGAUCAUGAAAGUGGAGAUUGGCAACUCUGGUGAAGUUAGCUCUUUGAUGGACUCUGACCAAUACUCCAAGUUCUGCGAAGAAGAAGACUCAAAGCACUGAGUGAAAAGCUAAGAAGAUGGCUCUUUAAUACGCAUUGCAGAAAAGAAAAAGACAAGUGCCAGUUUCCCUUUUCAUCUUUCUCUUUAUGUAUUGCUAAUGGCACUCAAUAAUUCUUUCUUUCUGUUUUCGAGUGACAAUGUAGUAGACUACAAGUAGGGUGUUCAUUCUUACUGUGAGAAUAAAUCUCUCGGUUUCCCUCUGAUUUCACUGCAUUACCUUCCUUUCAUCAUUAAUACUCCAAGCAACUGGUUCUG